AUGGCCUCCGGUUCAAUCGACCAAUCGUCCACCGGGCAAAACGAAAAACAUCCGACCAGCAAAACACACCCAACUGGCCCGCCUACUGGAGAUGCAGCGCUCGAAUUGCUUGGAAAUGGAGCCCCCGGUGGACCUCUGGACCCUGAAGCAUCGGCACGUUUGGUCCGAAAGAUUGAUCUCUACGUGAUGCCGCUGAUCUGCAUUGUGUACUUCUUACAGUACCUCGACAAGAUCGCCGUCUCCUAUGCUAGUGUGACGGGCGUGCGCGAGUCGGCGAAUCUGCAUGGGAACCAGUUCAACUGGGUCUCAAGUAUGUUCUUCUUUGGCCAGCUAGCCCUACAAUUCCCUACGAUGCGACUCAUUCAAGCCUUCCCGCUGGCACGGUACGUGGCCUUCAACGUCACCGUCUGGGGCGCGAUCCUGGCGUGCAUGGCUGCGUGCAAGUCAUUUGCUUCCCUAAUGGUCUGCCGCGCGCUGCUGGGUGCCGCGGAGGCUGCGGUCGUACCGGCCUGGGUAGUCUUCACCUCACAGUGGUAUCGCAAGGAGGAACAGGCAUUCCGCGUCGGCCUGUGGUUCUCGAUGUGUGGCUUCGCGCAGAUGUUCGGCGGAUACAUUGCCUACGGCGUGGCCAUCCAUAUUGGCGGAGAUCCCACGGCUGCUCUGCGCGGAUGGCAGGUCAUCUUUCUCAUCCUAGGCCUGUUUACUGCAAUUAUCGGUAUCAUUUUCUUCUUUAUUCUGCCAGACUCCCCGGUCACGGCUUGGUUCCUCUCACCCGAAGAAAAAGCCAUGCAUGCCGAGCGUUUGCGCGGUAACAAACAGGGCAUCGGUAGCACCGUCUUCAAGAAGGAGCAGAUGUACGAGGCGUUCCGAGACCCGCAAACGUGGAUGUACUCGUUCUGGGUGUUUGCGGCCAACGUCCCCAAUUCCAUCGCCACCAGUUUUGGAAACAUCCUCGUCACCGGCAUGGGAUACUCGGCGAACCAGAGCCUGCUGCUGGUGACACCGCUGGGUGCCUACGAGGUCGUGGCGCUCAUCGGACUAACAUAUCUCGCCAUGAGAAUGGAACAGCGCCUUCUCUGGUGUAUCAUCGGCCACCUUCCAUCCAUCGUGGGUGCCAUCCUAAUGGCGACUACCGAAAAGGCUCCGGCUCUCGUGGGAUAUUACCUCUCGGGAGGAAUCCCCAUCGGAUGGACGACGAUUCUGGGUCUGACUAGCACCAACGUAGCCGGCUCGACGAAGAAGAUCACCGUGUCCUGCAUUCAGACAGUGGCAUACACAGUUGGCAACAUCAUCUCUCCGCAGACAUUUCAAGCGAAGGAUGCGCCCCAGUAUCUGCCGGCCAAGAUUUCCAUCAUCGUCUUGUACUUCCUCGUCACAGUAGACCUGUGCCUCAUUCGAUGGAUGUUCAUCCGCGAGAACCGCAAGCGAGACCAGGAGAAAGCCGCACUAGGCGACGCCUACGUGGUACCAGAGAACCACGAGUUCCUCGACUUGACGGAUCGCCAGAAUCCGGAAUUCCGAUAUGCAAUCUGA